UUGGAGGACUGACAGACUGACCUGUCUUCCUGCCGGCCGUCUGCCGGUGUCGCUGAAGCCAGCAUGGGCCGGAAGGUGACCGUAGCCACCUGCGCGCUCAACCAGUGGGCCCUGGACUUCGAGGGCAAUUUGCAAAGGAUUUUAAAGAGUAUUGAAGUUGCCAAAAACAAAGGAGCAAGGUACAGGCUCGGACCAGAACUGGAAAUAUGUGGCUAUGGAUGCUGGGAUCACUAUUACGAGUCAGACACACUGUUGCAUUCGCUUCAAGUCCUGGCAGCCCUUUUGGAAUCUCCAGUCACUCAGGAUAUCAUCUGUGACGUGGGCAUGCCCGUGAUGCACCGGAAUGUCCGCUACAACUGCAGGGUGAUCUUCCUCAACAGGAGGAUCCUGCUCAUCCGGCCCAAGAUGGCCCUGGCGAACGAAGGCAACUACCGGGAGCUGCGCUGGUUCAGCCCUUGGUCCAGGAGCCGGCAAGUGGACGAAUAUUUUCUCCCUCGGAUGAUACAGGACGUAACAAAGCAGGAGACUGUCCCCUUUGGGGAUGCUGUGCUGGCCACCUGGGACACCUGCAUCGGGAGCGAGAUCUGUGAGGAGCUCUGGACACCCCACAGCCCGCACGUCGCCAUGGGCCUGGACGGUGUGGAGAUCUUCACCAACGCCUCGGGCAGCCACCACGUGCUGCGCAAAGCCCAUGCCAGGGUGGACCUGGUGUCCAUGGCCACCACCAAGAACGGCGGCAUCUACCUGCUGGCCAACCAGAAGGGCUGUGACGGGGACCGUCUGUACUAUGAUGGCUGUGCCACCAUCGUGAUGAACGGCAGCGUCUUCGCCCAGGGCUCCCAGUUCUCCCUGGAUGACGUGGAAGUCCUCACGGCCACCCUGGACUUAGAGGAUGUCCGGAGCUACAGGGCAGAGAUCUCCUCACGCAGCCUGGCGGUACGUGCUUUCAUAGCCACCUGCGUAGGACGCACCUCAGCGGCCUGGCGACGUGCCCGCUGGCUGCGGGGGCCGGGGCCACGUGGGUUCAGGGCGUGGGCCGCGGCACUGAGCACGCACCAGUGCGAGAGGCAGGAUGCGGGAAUGUGCCAGGGCAGCCUGGGGCUGCUGGGACCCUGGAUGGCAGAUCAGCAAGUGCUGGCUGAUGUCCGGAACAUUGUGGGCCAGGUCACCUACACCCCACAGGACCCCCGAGACCUCUGUGGACGGCUGCUGACCACUUGCUACAUGGCCAGCGAGAACUCCUCCCAGGAGACGUGCGAGAGGGCCAGGGACUUGGCCCAACAGAUUGGAAGCCACCACAUCGGUCUCAGCAUAGACCCUGCGGUGAGGGCUGUCGUGGGCGUCUUCAGCCUAGUGACCGGGAAGCGCCCUCUGUUUGCAGUGCACGGGGGAAGCAGCAGGGAGAACCUGGCUCUGCAGAACGUGCAGGCUCGAAUCAGGAUGGUGCUCGCCUACCUGUUUGCCCAGCUGAGCCUCUGGUCCCGGGGCAUCCGCGGGGGGCUCCUUGUGCUUGGAUCUGCCAAUGUGGAUGAGAGCCUCCUUGGCUACCUGACCAAGUACGACUGCUCCAGUGCCGACAUCAACCCAAUCGGUGGCAUUAGCAAGACGGACCUCCGAGCCUUCGUGCAGCUCUGCGUCGAGCGCUUUCAGCUGCCCGCCCUGUGCCGCAUCCUGUCUGCCCCGGCCACCGCUGAGUUGGAGCCCUUGGCCGACGGACGGGUGUCCCAGACCGAUGAGGAAGACAUGGGCAUGACGUACGCAGAACUCUCAGUCUAUGGGAGGCUCCGGAAAAUAGCCAAGAUGGGGCCCUACAGCAUGUUCUGCAAGCUUGUCAACAUGUGGAGAGAUAAGUACACCCCACGGCAGGUUCUACGGCUCGAGGGGAGCGGGCAGCAGGACCUGGACGGCGUGGACUGA